AUGAUAAUUAUUAUUGCAUGUUCCGAGACUGAAGGAGAUGAUGUAAAUAAAUUAUCUACCCCAUCGGAAAACGCUCGAAAACAUUUAAUUAAUUAUAUAUCACACGGCGACAUCAAAAUGACGUCAGAGGAAUUUAAUGAUAGUUCGUAUAAAGGUAUAAAUUGUGGAGAAUUUUUCAAUAAUGUUGACUUAGAUAACAUAAACGAAGACGCAUUACCGAUGAUUCAAAAUUGGAUUUCCAAAAUAAAAAACAAUGCGUUAAAAAAAUUAGAAGUCAUGGGAGAUAGAUUGAAUGCUUUAAAAAAACCAUUAUUGCGUAAAUGUUCUGAAUUUCCAUUAUGGUCAGCAGUUAUGGUUCCACAUUUUAAGUCGCCUAACCUAACGGCUACAUCUGCUAGAGUUGAGGGAUAUUUUUCAACUCUAAAAUCUUCGAUACUUACAAAAAAAAUGUCAAGGAUGUGUGUUGAUAAAUUUUUGGUCACGCACAUAAAAUCUAUUAGAGGGGAUUUAAAAAUUGCAGUAAGUCAUAACAAUAAAGAUUCACAAUCAAAUCAAAUAAACAUAAAUGUUGAUGAAUCGAUCACUAGUACUGAAAUUCAUAUAGAAGAAAAACCAUCAAAUACUGACAAAACAGUGCAUGAAGACAUUAUAAUAGAUGAAAAAUCUUUAAGUGAUGUAAGUGAUGAAAAUCAAGCAAACAGUCAAGAUUUUUUAGACGAUAACAAUUCAUCAAGUGAUUCAGCUACUAAUAACGAGGAAAUUGAAAUUGAAAAUUGGAAAAAUAAAGCGUACUUGCCAAGUCCACCACCAAAAAAAAUUAAGCGAUCAAAAUAUUUAAAUAGCCAUCCAGAAAUUAAAAUUAAACAGAAAAUAAACCAAAAAAUUGUUAAACAUCGGUUAGAUAUAGUGAAAAACGGAAAUUUAGUAGGUCCAUUAUCAAUUGGCUCAAACAAAAAUAAGAAAAACUGUAAGGUUAUAAAUACAUGUGCUUUUGAUUCUAUAUUACCAGCCGUAGCAACAGCCUACCUGGAUUCACAAAAUUACACUGAAUUUAUAGAUACAAUCAAUUGUUCUAUAUUAAACAUUGCAAGUUGA